AUGGAAGGCUUAAGUUUUCGGUCUCUGCGAUCUGAUGAUUUCAAUGAGGUUCAACAUGUCUGUCGGUUGUUAUUCCCUUUAAACUACUCUGAUGAGUGGUAUAGGGAUAUAACGUCAUCGAGUAAGUACUACACAAGAGCAGGAAUUGACAAUUUAUCCAGGAUAAUAGCUCUGAUAAUUGUCGAAAUUAAAUCCAAAAACGAUUGUCAAAGAGAGGACUAUGGAUUACUUUAUGACGAUUUAUCCGAUCAAAACGUCGAAUUAGCUUAUGUACUAAGUUUAGGAGUAAUUCCUGAUUAUCGCCGUUGUGGUAUUGCAUCAUUUCUUCUAACGAGCCUCAUCAGAUUUUUAAAGCAAGAGAGACUAGACUGCAAAGCGGUUUACCUUCACGUUUUGACAUCAAAUAUCCCAGCUAUAAACUUCUAUGAAUAUCACAAGUUUCAAUUAUUCAAAUAUUUACCACAAUACUACUUAAUUAGUAAUCAAUCCGCAGAUGGGUACUGUUACGUCUGUUAUAUCAAUGGUGGUAAAGGACCAAUAUUUAUAAGAAUUACAUAUCCUUUUAGGCAUUUAUUGAUUAAUGCUAUAACGGUUCACUUACAGAUGUCUGGUGUGAUAGUUAAAUUAACAAAUUACUAA